CAAGUCUGAACACAGCGCAGGGCAGGUGUAGGGGUAGGGCUCAGCUGUCAGCUGCGUUUUGUUUCCCAUUUUAAUUGCCACUUCGCUAAGCCAUGGACUCCACCCCUCAACCCCACCUUCUCCCCAUCAAACCCUCCGCUUCUAAGCUUCCCAUCAAACGCAAAACCCCCGAUUUCACCACUCCUUGCCCCGACGAUGCCGCAGAUCGCAAUCCCCCCUUUAAGUUCCACCGCAUCUGGACGGAGCCCGACGAGAUUCGCUUUCUCGAAGGCCUCCUCAACUGCUCCUCGGAGGGGUUUUCUUUCCCCCAUGAUCUGAACCUCUUCUACGCCAGGUUCUCCGACACGAUGUCGCAGCCCUACACCAAGUCCCAGCUCUCCGAGAAGCUCCGCCGCCUCCGGAAGAAGUUCCGCGUGGUGUCGUCGCGGCUCGCGCGGGGGGUCGACGCCGCCCUGCUUUCCCCCCACGAUCGGGCGCUGUUCGAGCUCUCGAAGCAGUUGUGGCACCCGGAGUACUCGUCUUCGUCGCCUUUCGGCGACAGUUUUAAGAAGUCGAAUUUGGUCGGCGUCAAAGUCAGCUUCUCGCCCACAUUGCCCUCGCCUUCGAUUCCAGUUCCCAAUCAGCCAAUGAUGGCUCUGACUCCCCAUCAUGACAACGAAGAUGGAGGCUUUCAUAUCAACGACGAAGUUAAACUGAGUGAGGUGAAUGUUGAGUUCGACGGCGGCCUUCGAGACCGGCAGUUCUCGGUGUCGGCCUAUGAAAAUUUCACCGGCGGUAGCAGGGGGCUGGGGCAGGUUGCGGCGAAGACGGCCAUGAAUGUGUUUGAUGAGUCUCUGAAAGAGGUUAGUGCGGCUCUUGUUCGGCAGGGGAUUCUAUACCUGGAACAGGGCUCGUCUCAAGCUGGUUCCUCGAAAGUGAAGGAUUUCGAGAAGCGGUGGAGGGAGCAGCGAGCUGCAGAGCUGGAUGUGUUGGCUCGACGACUAAGGUUGGUUCUUGAGCAUUCCAUUUCCCUACAAAGGCAAUGAAUUAAUUAACUCUACCCUGUAUAUGGAAUUGGCAUAGAAUUUUUCUUUCUUUUCUUAAAUUUAUUCAAUAUUUUCUGGAUGCUUACUAUGACAUUUUAUAUCUUCUUCUUUGAACAAGAAAAUUUGUACAGUUCAGCAUAGGCUGCAUAGCAUAUAGAAGUUUCCUUGAAUAAGAUAUGCAAUAGAAUGUAGUUGCUUUUUGGGCAGA